GUAGCGAAAAGCCGAGGGGGAGGGGGGCGAAGACCCGACUCGGGGGUUCGGUGAACAGGGGGCGGCCCGGAUGGUGAAAUCCUCCCUGCAGCGGAUCCUCAACAGUCACUGCUUCGCCCGCGAGAAGGAAGGAAAUAAAAAGACCCACCCAGCAGCCGCAGACAUGCCCGCCCUGCCCGCCAGCGCCGCUCUGAGGAGUUCCAGGGUGUCCUUCAGUUGCUGUAGUAACCUGGGUCCGGGGCCUCGGUGGUGCUCCGAUGCCCCUCACCCACCCCUGAAGAUCCCAGGUGGGCGAGGGAAUAGUCAGAGGGAUCACAAUCUUUCAGCUAAUUUAUUUUAUUCUGAUAAUCGGCUGAAUGUAACAGAAGAAGUAACAUCAAAUAACAGGACGAGAAUCCUUAAUGUCCAGUCCAGGCUGACGGAUGCCAAGCACAUUAGCUGGAGAACUGUGCUGAACAACAACAACCUGUACAUUGAAAUCCCUAAUGGUGCUCUGCCCGAAGGGAGCAAAGACAGUUUUGCAGUUCUUCUCGAGUUUGCUGAAGAACAACUUCAAGUCGACCAUGUCUUCAUUUGCUUCCACAAGAACAGAGAUGACAGAGCCUCGCUGCUCCGUACUUUCAGCUUUUUGGGCUUUGAGAUUGUGAAACCAGGGCAUCCCCUAGUCCCUAAGAGACCCGACGCUUGCUUUAUGGCCUACACGUUUGAACGAGACUCUUCCGGAGAAGACUAGAUUUGCAGCGUUUGCCUCGUAGAGCUUUCUUGUUCUCUGUAAAGAUGAAAUCUGUAGAAAUUUUGUCAACAUCUUUUGAAUAU